AUGGCACGCAUGGACAGCACGAUAGAGGCUUUGCGCCAUGAGCAGAGAAAUAUGUAUGCCGUGGUUGACGAAGUCAGACAUGAAUUGCGAGCACGUGGCUCUGCACCGGAACACCAACACCCUGACACUAGUGAAGUCGACAUUUUGACUCAGGAAGUGCAAAACAUUUCGGCCAAGGCAAACGAGAUUGCUGGUCUCAAGAUGCAGCUGGAUAUACUCAGGAGUCAAGUAAGACGUCUCGAACGUCAUGGAUCGCCUGGAGCAAGUGGUGCAACUCCAUCGGAAUCUCUAGGUCACGAACAGGUGAGCCAUGCACCACCUGUGGUAGCUGGAUUUGUGACAAACACGCCCUCUGCACCAGAACAGAGACCGCUGCUAUACCAAACUCCUAUGGAAAACCGUCUCCCUGCUCCCAUAACCGUCAACCCCGAACUACCAGAUCCUCGUGUUCAAUCAGAGUCGCGCACACUUCCCGGUAUUCGUUCUAUCGAUCCGAAUACACCCCUAUCUUCAUGGCGUCCUGCUGGUGCUAUUGCUCCUCCACCAUCAGCACCCAUGGUUGGGUCCUCACCACAGAUCGAGGCACCGGCACCUGGUAAUGGAUGGGCAGCCGUAAACACAAACACUGCGCCCAAGCGAUUGAUUUCAGAACCGUCCUUCGAGUCUACUACACCUGGAUCGCCCAAAAGACAGCGCCUAGCUCCUUUGAUGCCUCGAACCUACGAUCAGCAGAGCCCUGCACAAGGUUCAUCGCCUUACCAUUCGGUCUCUGGUGAUUCAUUGCCCACGGUUCCUACCUUGCAAUCGACACAGAAUCCUUCCAACGAAUCUACUGGAAGUGUGCCUCCGCAGCCUAAUCCUCUGCGUUUUGUGCAAUUCGCAUCGGGAUUAGAAUCUACAUCAGAGGAGUCGUGGCGUCAAGGACCGGGAUCAAUGAUGGACAAGACACGAGACAGUCCGAGAAGGGGAAGAGGAGGUAGAAGUCGAGGUGGCCGUAAGAGCGGAGGUCCAGAGGGAGAUCGUGCCACACCAGAAUGGGAGCCUCGUCCCGAUAGUGUUCACAUCUUGAAUCCGCCCGAAGGACACGGAGGACCAGUACAAGCUUCGGACCAACCUAGCGAAACAACAGCUGGCAUGUACCCCGACCCGCAUUUCAUGCCCAUUACCACGACGGCCGACGUAGCUUCCUCGAACCAUCCGACCAAGAAGACCCGCACCAAGCCCGUACGCAACGCAGAUGGUGUUCUAAUACGCAAGGACGGACGACCAGACAUGCGUAGUGUAAGCAGUGCCAUGAAUCUCAAAAAGGUGCAUGCGAAGAAGGAGGCGGAGCGCGCCAACAACAAGGAGAAUUCCGCCGCUUCCGAAGACACAAAGGACAAGUCCACCCCCUAUUCAGCAUCAGAGCAUGAUGCAGGAGAAAUGAGUGCCGCAAGUCCCAGUGUGGAUGGACAUGCUACCGAUGGUGAAACCAGCAUUCUGGAGCGUCAUCAGGAGACCAUGCGUAAGGUUUUCCCUCACGGCAUCGACAAUCCCAGUGUACAGAGCAUGGCACAACAAUUCUUCCCAAAACCGGAGGAAACUCGCGCUGCGCCACAGGUCAAGAUUGAAGCUAUGGUCGCAAGUGACAUUUCGAAGGAUACACCUCGAGGACACGAGGGGCCCAAACCUUUGAUCGAUGGGGAAAGGAGUAUGGUUCACCACACCGCAGGACGUGUGGAUGUCGAGAUGAACGACGCUAAGUAG